CCCGCCGCGCCGCGCGCCUCCCGGAAGUGGAGCUCCGGGGGGCGUCUCCGACCUUCGCGCGGAGGCGGGCGGGCUGGCUGGUUCGGGGAGGCGGCGGGAGCCAGGAACCCGAUGCGAGCCAGCGGAGCCCGGGAUGGCUUCCGCUGGAGGCGACGACUGCGAGGGCGCCGCGCCGGAGGCGGACCGCCCUCAUCACCGGCCCUUCCUGAUCGGGGUGAGCGGCGGCACCGCGAGCGGAAAGUCCACUGUGUGUGAGAAGAUCAUGGAGCUGCUGGGCCAGAACGAAGUGGACCACCGGCAGCGGAAGCUGGUCAUCCUGAGCCAAGACAGGUUCUACAAGGUCCUGACCCCAGAACAGAAGGCCAAGGCAUUGAAGGGACAGUACAAUUUCGACCACCCAGAUGCUUUUGAUAACGAUUUGAUGCACAGGACUCUGAAAAACAUCGUGGAGGGCAAAACUGUCGAGGUCCCAACUUAUGAUUUUGUGACCCAUUCAAGGUUGGCAGAGACCACGGUGGUCUACCCCGCAGACGUGGUCCUGUUCGAGGGCAUCCUGGUGUUCUACAGUCAGGAGGUCCGGGACAUGUUCCACCUGCGCCUUUUUGUGGACACGGACUCUGACGUCAGGCUGUCAAGAAGAGUUCUCCGGGACGUGCAGCGCGGGAGGGACCUGGAGCAGAUCCUGACCCAGUACACCACCUUCGUCAAACCGGCCUUCGAGGAGUUCUGCCUGCCGACCAAGAAGUACGCAGACGUGAUAAUCCCUCGAGGGGUCGACAACAUGGUGGCCAUCAACCUGAUCGUGCAGCACAUCCAGGACAUCCUGAGCGGCGACCUCUGCAAAUGGCAGCGAGGGUCCAAUGGGCGGAGCUACAAGAGGACAUUUCCUGAGCCGGGAGACCGUCCUGGGGUGCUGACCGCUGGCAAGCGAUCGCACCUGGAGUCCAGCAGCAGACCCCACUGAAGAGCAGGGUGCUCAGCCUCCUGGGCAGGACCCCUGGCAGACUGUGUUCAGGGUCAGGCCCAGAGAUACCCGCCCACCCGCCCCUCUAAACGCCACCACUGCUUCCUCUGGGCGCCAUACGGUACGGACAGGAUGGGCGGGGAGCGCGGUGGCCCUCACCGCACUGUCGCACUCGAUGGGAUGUUGGCACGCCCUCGACAUCUUCACCUGCUUCCGCACAUUAGAGGGUUAAAAGUCCAAGUUACUGAGAAAUGCUCUGGAACGUGUGGUGAGCCAGUCAUGUCCUUGGGGAACACGGAGCACACGGCCUGGAUGCUGUGGCUGCCCCAGCGUGUGUUUGACAGGAACCCACGGCGAGAGGGACUCUCUCUGGGACAAUCCGGUUCCCGCGCACACGUGACUGAAACAGGUCGAGAAAAGAGUACUUCCCCUCUCUAGGUGUUACAUGUGUGACUGUUUCGUUAUUUAUUCUGCCAUGUGAGUCGUGACCCAGUAACCGAGUUUCGUGCUCCACCCACCCUGCCGCCGUGGGGUGCGAUCCAGCGGGGCACACCCCCUUCUAGGAGCCAGAGAGCUUUCCUUCCUCCUGGGCUGUGCGCCAAGGAAGGAGCCCCGGGAACAAGCCUUUCCUUAACCAGCAGCCAACACAGGAGACGACACAUGCUCACCCAGGCCCAGCCCGGCUCCACAGGUGGGGCGGGCGGCAGGCUGGUGCCCCGUGUCUCCACGCCACCCUGCUCAGGAGCCACCUGGGGCCCCGGUGCUGAGUGGACAGGCCUUCCCUGGGGUAGCCCGGGGCCCCAUCCAGGGCCCAGCGUCCAGUGCCAGCCAGUCUCCUCGCACACGCCCCACCUCCCCCGGCUGCAUGAUGCCUGUGGCCGGAGUCGUCCUGGUUUGUCUUCCCUUCCGUUUGUUUAGAAGUGACGCCUUCCCCUGGCCACGGGCUAAGCUGCACGGACACUCCUGGUUUCCUUCCAUCAAGCACUGAGUGUAGCUACACAGGACCCUAGUUGAGCUUGGCCGUGGCUGCUUCCUGAUGACCGUGUGACAGUCGUCAAGCUUACUGUGCCCUUUUGAAGAAUCAAUAAAUAAUACCAAAUGCCA